AACGCUCGCAUGGCUUUUGUAUUGCGCCAUAAACGUUUCGCUGCUCGUAACGCCACAACGCUCGGCCUUCGCCGCGUAGUCUCCCCAAAAAACGGCAACAGCAACACAACCAGCGAGGAAUAAAUAAAUCCAAAUCCCAUCCGCAGACAGACAAAAACUCAAGUCUCCAACGACUCAAAGCGCUGCGUCGCCGCUCCGCUGCGGUCUCUGCCUCCGCUGGCGUCGCUGCCUGCGCCGGCAGCAAGAAUUACCAAUUACACGAAAUUUUUAUACUCUUUUAAAAAUUUCGUUUUAUUAUAAUAUUUAUUAUCGUGGCGCGCAGUAGUGUCUGCGGAACUCAGCUCCACUCUUGGCUUCAGCUCCCGACUCAGCGAUUUCGAUUCUCUCGAUUCUCCGGAUUACGAUUGCGUUCACCGAUUUCGAUUCCGAUUCCGAUCCACCGGCUUAUUGUCACUUAACAGUUAUAGAGCGCAUAAAACGCGGUACCGCACAAGCAGCGAUACGGAAAACCAAGUGAAAAAUCGGAAAACCGAAAAACUGUCAAAACAUUGCGUUUUAUACCUCUCAGUGUGCGGUGCAUAAUAAUUAAAAAGCCAUAAAGUUGACAUCGUAAAAGGGCCGCAGAGUUCGAGUUCGAGUUUGAGUUCGAUAUGGCAUUUUAAACAAAGUAAUUAAACCGAAACGAAGAAAGCCUUUCUCCACAGGCGCACACACGCUACACUCACAGACUCGCACACUCGAUAGGUCCUAAAAAAAAACCAUAAAAACAUAAGAGUGCCAUUAAAAAACAGAUCGCGCGCCUAUAAAUCACACGUACGAAAUCCCGCCGGCACUUGGACCAUUCAAAAUUCCGCGUAAUUGAUGGCCGCCUUUUAAUUGCUUUCACAACAAAUAAAGCUGGCCCACACCACACACACACACGGCUCACACACAGCAGCAGCUGGCACAACAACACUCGGCUGUAACCCGAGACCAUAUGCAAAUUUAACAAAUUUCGUUGUGAAUUCGCCAGUUUCGAGCGAAAAAAGAAAACGGAAAAGCUGAAAAGCUGCUCGCCAAAAGUUCGCUAGAGAAAACCCGAGAAAGCCAAUCAUACCGAAGUUGAAACAACGAAAAGAACUUGAGUGAAAAUAACAAAGAAAGCCAUCCGAAGAUUCGAUCCUCGGCCAGAGAGCAGAAAACUAUGUGCAAUGUCAAAAUUUGUUUUCGAUAGUAUGCUGCCAAAGUAUCCACAGUUCCAGCCGUUUAUCAGUUCGCACCACCUAACCACCACCCCCCCGACUUCGUCAUCUGCAGCAGUAGCCGCCGCUCUAGCCGCCGCCGCCUCUGCCGUGAGCCACAGCAACAACACCAGCGCCAGCAGCAACACCAACCACAGCAGCGGCAGCCCCAGCAGCAGCAGCAACCACAACAACGUCAACCUGAGCGGUUCCGGCGGAUCACUAUCGCCCAGCCAGCUUAGUCAGCACCUGGGCCACCAGUCGCCCCACUCGCCGGUCUCCUCCUCGUCGCCGUUCCAACAGCACCAGCAGCAGGUGCAGCAUCUACAGCACCAGCAGCAGCAGGCGCAGCAGGCGCAGCAGGCACAGGUGCACCACCAGCAGAACCACCAGUACUCCUCGCUGUCCGCUGCCCUCCAGUUGCAGCAGCAGCAGCACCACAUCAACAAGCUCGCCGCAGCCGCUGCCGCCUCGCACGGCCACGCCCAUCAGCAACUGUUGCUAACGCCUCCCUCGGCGGGCGACAGCAGCUGCUCCCCAUCGCCGUCGGCCUCUGGCAGCUCCUCGCUGCACCGCAGCCUCAACGACAACUCGCCGGGAUCCGGGGCCUCCGCAUCGGCGGCAUCCGUGUCCGCGUCGCAUUCCGCCGCAUCCGCAUCAGCGGCAUCCGCAUCUGUUGCCGCAGCAGCCGCAGCUGCAGCCGCCGCCGCCGCGGCCAGCUCCUCGUUUGCCAUCCCCACCAGCAAGAUGUAUCCGUACGUGUCGAAUCACCCGAGCAGCCACGGAGGACUCUCCGGAAUGGCCGGGUUCUCUGGACUGGAAGAUAAGUCGUGCAGAAGGGAGUAUUAUAUCGAUUUGGGGCAACCUCACAGGUACACGGACACCGUGAUGAACAGCUACCAGUCGAUGAGCGUACCUGCCUCGGCCUCCGCGCAGUUCGCCCAGUUCUAUCAGCACGCCACAGCCGCCGCAUCGGCGGUAUCCGCGGCCAGUGCCGGAGCGAUCGGCGUGGACUCUCUGGGCAAUGCCUGCACCCAGCCAGCCUCCGGGGUGAUGCCCGGCGCAGGUGGAGCGGGCGGAGCCGGCAUUGCCGAUCUGCCAAGGUAUCCCUGGAUGACGCUCACAGACUGGAUGGGAAGUCCCUUCGAGCGAGUCGUUUGCGGCGAUUUCAACGGCCCCAACGGAUGCCCCCGAAGACGAGGCCGCCAGACCUACACACGGUUCCAGACCCUCGAACUGGAGAAGGAGUUUCACUUCAAUCACUACUUAACCCGGCGGCGGCGCAUCGAGAUCGCACACGCCCUCUGCCUGACCGAGCGCCAGAUAAAGAUCUGGUUCCAGAACCGGCGCAUGAAGCUGAAGAAGGAGUUGCGAGCAGUCAAGGAGAUAAACGAACAGGCGCGUCGCGAUCGCGAGGAGCAGGAAAAGAUGAAGGCCCAGGAGACGAUGAAAUCCGCCCAGCAGAACAAGCAAGUGCAGCAGCAGCAGCAACAGCAGCAGCAGCAACAACAGCAGCAGCAACAGCACCAGCAGCAGCAACAGCAGCCGCAGGACCACCACUCGAUCAUCGCACACAAUCCGGGCCACUUGCACCACUCCGUCGUCGGUCAGAACGAUCUCAAGCUCGGCCUGGGCAUGGGUGUCGGCGUGGGCGUGGGCGGUGGCAUCGGACCCGGCGCCCUUGGCGGCGGCUUGGGCGGCAACCUGGGCAUGAUGAGCGCCCUGGACAAGAGCAAUCACGACCUGCUGAAAGCGGUCAGCAAGGUUAACUCCUAAGCUGGCCAGCGUCGAGCCAACGAGCCCAUCUUCCACCAGCCGCACCACUAGCUCCACUAGCACCACACCACCACCGCCGCAUCGCGUCGCGUCCUCGUCUCUGUGUAGCGCGCGAGAUAGAAAGCAGAAGAUAAACUCGAAAACUAAAAUACGUAAAGUUUUACAUAGUAAAUAGUUGGAUAAGUCUACAAACCUACAAGCACACACGCCAGCGAGUGGGUCCACUGGCUCGGGGGCUCUUUGCUGGGGCCAGCGAUUGAAUGGCAGUGAAUCAAAGCUUUCUGAGGUUUCCCCCAGGUGCCGUUGUCUAUGUGAUAGAGCAGCGCCUGCGAUUUCCUUCCAGAUCUCCAGUGAGAAUUUGUGUAUCCGACAUUUCUUUCCCCUUCGCCAACGCGCACCACGCGUCCAACCCCCAAAACUGCCAAUUCAACCCCCAGCGAAGAGCCCGUGGGCCAGGGGACUCAACGUGGCAAUAUUAAUGGAUAACUUGAACUACUUAGAAUAGCGGUAAAUGCUUAAGGCUGGAGUUAGCAGGAGACGCGAUCUAUAUAAAUGAAUAUUGACGAAAUGAGCGAUUUUUGAUAGUCAGAGAACUCCGUUGCCCGACCUCAAUCGGCUCCCAAUGGGAGCGGGUUGCGGGGAGGGACCUUGAUGGAUUCGAGUGUAAAAUUAUUUGCGACUGCUGUAGGAUAACCUAGUUCGAUAUUUAGAAGCCACGUUCGACUAUGUUUGACGGUCUAUGAACACCUAUAUAUACGCAUAUGUAUGUGGAUAUGUGGAUAUGCUUACAGAUUAAAGAUACUUACAUAUAGAGUUAUAGAGCGUACGUUUUGUAUCUACUACCUAUUUAUUGGAUAUUUCUGUUUAUGUUUUCGACACAAGAAAACCCCUCUUCCAAUGUUUUGUUUAAGCAAAGUCUCUACUGUGUGUUUGCCGUAUUUUGUUGUAUACCAACGCUUGAAUACAAUGAUUUCUUCAAUGCCAUAUUAAUCUUAAUUCGACUCAGAUCGAUUCGAUGUAAGCAGCAAAAGUAUGCAGAGAAUUGCGCAAAUAUUUCCAUAAAUACCAGCUGUAAGAAGGAACGGUAUGCAACAUACCCGAAAGCAUAAUCACGAUUUCAAAUACGUAAUAAUAAUAAUAAUAACGAAACUAAAUUUGAGGUAGGAGGAAGCCGAGAAAUUGUCGUUUUGCCAGUGACUAAAAUUUUAAAUUAAUCUACGAUUAAGCGAAGGCGCAGAGCCUGCCAGUCUACAGAAGAAAAACAAAGGAAACACUGAAAUACGUAUUAGAUUAAGGUUGCAACAACGGAGAUAAGGCCAAGUAGGGAGGGAUAUAGAGGAGGAGACGAUCGGCACGAACCCAUAUACGUAGAUUUCAAACUUCCCGAAAUUAAAUUUACCUAGCAUAGUCUCUCGCGGAUUGCAAGUUGGAUUAAAGUCAAAAUCUAUUUAUUAUACACAACCGAGGCGGAAGGCUUACAUAGCGCAUAUUUACAUAAACAAUUAUUGACAAAUAUAUAUGAGAAUAUAUUACAAAUAUA